UACUUGAGAAACCAUUAAGAUACUCAAACUCGUUGAUCUCACUUGCACCUUGUUAUCUCGAUCAAGAUUCAAUCUUCUAUCAUUCAAGAGUAGCAGAAAUAAGAUUUUCUUAGAUUCUUCAUCGUUGAAUACGUUUAACUCGAUCAUAUGUUUCUGUUUCCGAUCAGACCAGUUCUCCAUUGAAGACAGGUUAUCAGAUUUUACGCAGUUGGCAUUUCUUACAUUCAUUUCUAGAUCCAUGCCCGUAAUUUCACUAUGGAACCAAAAUCACCUUCAAAGAGUAAGUCUCCAGAAUUAGGGUUUAACUAUAAUAAUAGAAUAUGGAGAAUUAGCACAAUCUUGUUCAUAUGUAUGUUCUUACUUGUUGCUGGUAUCUGUGUUGUUUUAAAACCACGGAAAACUCCUCUUGUUCGGAACAGAUCAUAUUUCACCAUUGUAAUUGACUGCGGCAGUACAGGUUCACGGGUAAAUGUUUAUAAAUGGAUAGUAAAAUCUAACCCAAGUGAUGGUGGUUUGCCUGUUCUGCUCCAUUCUUAUCCUGAUAAUUCAACUAGUGAUAGAAUGAAAGGUAGAUGUUGGUAUCAUUGCUUGCAGACUGAACCUGGGUUGGAUAAAUGGAUAGGAAAUUCUUCAGGUGUUAGAGCAUCUCUAGAACCACUUAUCCUAUGGGCAAAACAGCUUAUACCUCCCCAUAUGCAUGAAGAAACUCCUAUAUUCGUACUAGCUACAGCCGGGUUAAGAAGGUUACCUAGAAAAGAUUCUAGGUCUGUUAUGGCGAAUGUUGAAGCUCUUCUAAAAGAACAUCGGUUUAUUUAUCACAAAAAAUGGAUUAGAGUAUUGACAGGGAAGGAGGAAGCAUACUAUGGUUGGAUUGCCCUAAACUUUAAGAUGGGAACCUUCCAUUACUCCUCAAGAUCACAACGCACCUUGGGCCUACUUGAUUUAGGAGGUUCUUCACUGCAGGUUGUGACAGAGAUUGAUCGGCCAAAAAGAGACAAAUACUAUCUAAGAUCAAGUAUUGGCCCUUUUGAACAUCACUUGUUGGCUUUUUCGUUACCUGCAUUUGGUUUGAAUGAGGCGUUUGAUAGAACUGUUUUUAUGCUUAGUCAUUCUGAGUCACUCAGAGAAGGUACCACAAGUACCUUUGAAAUUGGCCAUCCUUGUCUUAGCCCCGGUUUUGUGCAAAAUUACACAUGUAAAGGAUGCUUUAGUGAGAGUUAUGCUGAUCAAGAUGUACUUUUAAGAAGCGAUUCUAAUUGGAAGCAGUGCAGAAUACUUGCAAGAGCUGCCGCUGUUAAUUCAAGCAGUUCUUAUUGGUCAUCCAUAAAAGAAGGUCCCAAUGGCAAAGUCAUAUGUGCUUCUAAAAAAGGCAGCAUGAUGCAAAAAUUUAAUAAAUUAACUCACCCAGUUGCCCGAUUUCACGCUUUAUCUGGAUUCUAUGCUGUUUACAAGUUACUGAACUUGAGUUCAAGAGCAAAUUUGUCAAAGAUAUGGGAGAAACACCAGCAUCUAUGUUCAAAACCUUCGCUCAAUUUAAAUAGCAUCAGCAGUAACCCAAGAUUUGCUGCCCAAUUUUGUUUUAAGGUUUCUUACAUGGCGUCACUCAUCGAGGAUGGUCUAUGUCUCGGUAAAGAGGAGAUUAUUUUUGGUCCUGGAGAUAUUUCAUGGACCUUGGGAGCUGCAUUAGUAGAAGGACAAUUUUUAUGGAACGGCUCUACAACCGCUUGGACCCAUGUCUUGGCUUUGAAGAAAUUUGUGGUAAUUUGGUCUCCUUUAUUACUAUUCAUUUUGCUUGCUUUUCUAUUGUAUUUGGUAUAUAGGAGUCAAAUAAAACUUCCAAUGCUGAGUAGGAAGAUUACUUCUGUUGGUGUCAUGCCAUCUUACAUGUAUCCUAAGCGUCGUCCUAAUUGAUUGCAAACCACAAACAUGUGAAAUAUAGAUUAUAGGGAUUGUAAUUUUCUUAUGCAAAUCAAAAUUCAUUAUUCUUUCAAAUUGAAAUUCCGAAGUGCAUGUCUA